AUGAAUUUCGAUGACAUAGAAAUGCUAGAUAUUCCAGACGAUACGUCGUCUACGCAUACAGAGUCGUUGGGUUCGUCAGACUCUCCAGAAACGCCCAAAGAAAAAGAGUAUCCCACUUUAUCAGAAUGGCUUCAUCUGGAUGAGGACUUGAAGUUCCAAUUCGAUCUCAAGCGAUACAAAAAAACAUUGGCACCCCCUGAUGCGUUUCAAAAGGCUCAUUUUGACUAUAUCUCCUCGUUGUUUAAGGUUGUCGAAGACUUGACCAGCCACGAUGUUCAGAUACUUCCUGAGGAUUCUCUGGAAACCGAGCCAUUGGGUGUCGUGACUUCUCUGAGAGAGAUCUCCAAGAACGCAAAGAAAGAGGAGAAAACAAACCGCAUCAACAACGCAUUUACAAAAAUUGUGGAAAGCUACAGUCGUUUUCUAGACUCUGUGAAAGAUGACUUGCAGGAUGAGGACUUGGAUGCAUACUUGGAUCUCCAGUUCUUGCUUGAAUUCAUUCAGGCUAACGAAUUUCCUCUCCAAGAACGCCAAAAACCCGAGCUUCUUGUGAAAUGGGUCAAUGAGUACCACCCAAAGCCUGAAGAUAGCUUUGUCGAUGAAGUUGUCUACAACACCCCAGAGCCAUACUUGCAUCCCGAAUUUUGGACCACCUACUUGGGCACUCUACUCACACGUGGUAUGUUUAGCCACGCUGCUCAAUCGAUAGACUCCUCAAAGUACCAGCAAUUGGGAGAGGACUCGCCAUUGUACACAAUCAUCGCUGACUUCCAUGUCUUAGUUGACAGCUACACGUCCAUGUCUUUGAAGGGACAGUUUCCAGAGUGGAAGCGAACUGCUUGCGAAUUGAGAGACAACUUCAAGAAUUUCAAACAAGGCAUUGAAGACGAGAAGCAUUUGGUGAUCGCCAGACAGAUACAUGAGUUGCUCAGAGCCAUCACUGGUCUACCCAAGACCUUGGCGGGUUUCACAGAGAAGUGGUACGAACUUUAUGCAGCUCUUGCUCUCUUCCAAGUUCGUGACGAUAACAGUGUCUACCAGGACUACUUUGAGAUUGCGAUGAGUGAGAAGAACAGUGCCGACCAGAGCGAUCUCGAAGAAGCCAUCACACAUGUUGCUCUGGGAAAAGCCCUUCUUGUGGUCACAGAUCUCGACAAGUAUGAUCCUGCCACUGCUGCCUACGUCAGUAAGCUUUAUGAGCUCAAAAGCCUUUUCUUUCCUUACUACAAUGCCGCUUACAAAGAGUCUUUUAUCAACGAUAGCGACAUUAACAAAAAGUACAUUUCGGACUAUCUUCUCACAAGGCACGCAUUUGAGUGUUUUGAAGUGCACCCACUUGCUAACGUGGGUAUUGGUCUUUUCCUCCACCCAGUGAUUACGCCGACGGCUGACUUUAAUUUAAAAAACCGCAAGAUCGUUGCCGAAUUCUUGCCGCAUUACAAAUGUUAUACGAACGACGACAUGGAGUGGGCUCUCACUGUGUGCGCUAAACUUAAUCUUCCAGAGGUCGCCAAAAAGCUCUAUUUGCAACAAGGUAAGAUGUCGAUGGAAGAUGGCCAUUUAUAUGAGGCCCUUAAUAUGUUUGUCAACUGUUAUGACGAAACCUCCACUUCAAAGGAAUCUUCGCUGGCCAUGGAGAGAAUUCAUUACAUUGUAUGGGAGCUUCUUUUCCAGGAUGCUCUCUUGAACUGCCUUCCUGCUGAGGACGACCUUUUAAAUAAUAUUAUUGCUCGUCAAGUGGACCCAUCGUUUGAGGUCCAUCCAGUCAUUCGCCAGUGCAUUGCUCCAUAUGCUGUGUUGGUGGAAUAUCUUAAUGCCAUUGAUGACGAGCGUUCUUUCAAGAAGAACAUAUCUCGUAUAUUCCACUUGAUCAGAUUCAAGUACAUGCCCAAAAAGUUUGUGCCACUUCUAUUUGCACAGCUCCUUCCGUUGUUUUCCCUGCCACAGCUCACGCUACCAGAUCUUAUAGUGAUGAUUGAGCUUUUGGACUCGUUUGAGAUGCUGGUGAAAGAGGAAUCGGAGGAGAUUUCGAAGUUGUAUGCAUUUGCGGUGGAAAGUGCCGAUGAAGUACCUAGCGAGCACGACUGGAGAAAGGUGUUACAAGCAAAGGGCCAGACAAUACCUGAGACUGUAAAGGCAUUGGUUAAGCGCCUCCGCAACGACAUCGCAGUGACAAUUGGCAGGGUCUACAUCAAGCAGUAG